AUCCUUAUCUACUCAUGUUACCCUUUAUUAGACAGUACAGCUAGAGGCAGAAUGGUGCUAUAUUAUGGCUGCAGUUUGCUGCUGCUUACGUUCCUUGCUCUGCCGGGCCUAUUGCUAGGGGACUUGGUAUUCCGUUGUCCGAACUGCGCUGAGGAGCGCCAAGCUGCAUGUCCUAAGCUUGCCACCACCUGUACUGAGAUAGUCAGGGAGCCCAGCUGUGGCUGCUGCCCAGUGUGUUCCCGGUUAGAAGGUGAAUUCUGUGGUGUCUACACACCAAGGUGUUCCACAGGGCUGCGUUGUUAUCCCACUGCAGAUUCAGAACGGCCCUUGGAGCAGCUGGUUCAGGGGUUAGGACGAUGCUCACACAAAGUGGACCCGGUACCCAACCUCACUCAAGAGCACCAUGACCCGAGUGUGGAGCUGCAGGGCACUGAGGGUCCCCCUCAGAAGAAGCCGACCAAAGAUGCCAGCUUCUGGAUGUGGUCCAAAGAGAAGGCCGUGAGGCGGGCCCAGAACGAGGUCAAGACCAGGAUGAAGACCAACAACUGUCCUGAAGAACCUAGGACCCAGCGGCCCACUCAGAGACAUUGUCAACUGGAGCUGAACAAGGUGCUGGAGGAGCUCUCCAAGAUUACCUUUCAUGACAACAGAGAACCACUGGAGAAUCUGUACGAGCUCAACUUCCCCAACUGUGACAGAAGGGGCCAGUACAAUCUCAAACAGAGUCUACCCGGCUUCCCUCUUAUAUUACUGACGCCUUGAUCCGACAAUACAGGGGAAGCAAGUUCCUGAGUCAAUCACACACAUCUGGAGUUGGUGAAGUCCUAGCGUCCCCAGGGAAGGACUUCCAUACCCCAACAUCCCUGUCUCGUCAUGUCGCUUCCUGGAAGCCGUGGGCAAACAAUUCCCCCUACACCCUCCCCUUCUCCCCCAAAACCGAAACAAGCCAGACUACCUUCAGAGGAAGGUAUGUGAUAGAUGAGCUGAUAGUACCCUCCUUUUUCCUGUUAUUGACGCCAAAAAUGCUCGUGUGUGUGUGUGUGUGUGUGUGUGUGUGUGUGUGUGUGUGUGUGUGUGUGAGAGAUAGAGAGAGAGACAGAGAGCAACGAUUUAUAACACAGUUCAAUAACUUUUGCCUUGGCAAACUUUGACUUGGCAUGGGCAGAACGGUCAUUUCUUACAUACACUGUUAGCUGUUUUUAUUUUAUCAGUAACUUACUAUAUUAAUCAACAGUAUGAUACUGAAUAAACGGAAUGCAGUAGAUUACCGUAGAAUGCACAAUAAAAUACCGUACAUUUGUUUUACAGCAAACUAAGAUCUUUCUGUAAUUUCAACAGUAAAACACUGUAGAAUGCACAGUAAAAUACCGUAAAUGUUUUUUUUUUUUUUUACAGUAUUAACUAUAGUGCAUUGUGGGAAAAAGUUGUGGGCGGGGAAAGAGUCUCUGGCUCAUUAACAUAUUUUAAGUCAUUCCUUGUAAAAGGCUAUAUUUGUUGCACCAGUGAGAGAGAAUGCAGUAUUUUAGGAAUUCUACAAACUUUGUCCUGAAACUCUUACUGGCCAAUUGCUGCUAGUGAUUUACUGUAAUGCAGAAUACAGUACCAUACCGCAUUUUUGGAGUGCCAACAACCUUUUGAACACUAGUGGGUGCAUGGUAUUGUUAUUUCUCAUUCAUGAACAUAUUUAGAAACAUGUCUUGUACGAUGCUCUAUUUGUUGCACCCGUUAGUGAGAGUGCUGUACCAAUUUAAGUGAUAUGUGGCAGUGGUUUCAUAACAACAAAGUUUAUAUAGGGAACAGAUCAAAGUGGCAUUGAGUUUCAACUUUUUAAUGGUUGAGUAGCUAGACAUGGCCUUUUGAUCUGUUUUGCCAUGUAGUCACUGUCAGUUUAGAAGCCUUUGUUGAAGCCUGAAGUGCAAGUGAUAUGAAACACCAAAUAGCAGUUGAUAUGUUGUAAUAUAUAAUUAAAUAUUCAAUAUGAGCAAUUACUGAUUUUAUUUUCAAUACAUUUCAACAAUAAAGAACAAUAUUUCUGCUUGCGCUAAACUCUUGUAAUUACAGUGAAGUAAUUAUUCUUACAGUUUAAUAGUCCCUUUUACUUUAUUGUACUGGGUUUCAUUGCUCUGGCAUCAAGUUACCGUGAAUAUUGUAGAGCUAGUCGGAGAUAUAUCAUAAAAUAUAUUGUUGUAAUUACAAUUAUUUUGAAAACCAAUGCAUCCUUAAUAUAAUAAUAUAAUAUAAUAU